AUGUGCCCUUCCAUUGCCCUGGAGAACCGCUUCCCUCCAUGCGCACCUUUCGAUGCAGAACCCAUCUCCUCUGUUCCCAGCUAUUGUCCAUCGCGGCAGUUUUCAGACUGCCUCUCCUGUGAAGAAAGCCCUAGCUAUUUGGAGCAGCUGGUAGAUUCCUGUCUUCAGACAGAGGCACCCUUAGACCCAGCCCUCAGUGCUCUCCAGGCGCCCUCGCACUACAUCUCUGACUCCUUCCAGCCAGUCCCACUCUGCUUUAACCAGAGCCUGGACCCCAAGGCCCAAAUUAUCUCCCUGGGUAGCCAGACCCUUCUGAGGAAGGCUCCUGGAUCCCCUAACUCAGCUGAUCUGUCCAGCCCAGUAAACUAUAGCUGCUCCCCACCUCAGCUACCUUCUUUCACCCCGCUGCCCCACAGCCCAUCCGCUGCUCUGGACACCAAGACCUACGGCUACCCCGCAGAGGAGUGGUCCUGCCAUACCCCGUCGCUGUACACCGCCUCCGCCUGCUGCUGCACGUCCUGCGGCUCCGAGCACGUGGACACGCGGGUCCCGGAGUACUUCCCCUGCCCCAGCACGGACUGCAUGGACUACCUGCCACCCGUGGCCAUGGCCGAUGACUUCUUCAGAAGGGCUGGGAACUGUGACAUCUGCUACAGCUAAUGGGGACAGUGGUUUUUUACACGUUCAUUGUAUCCAAAUCAGAUUAAUUGCCCAUGAACUAUGCAAAGUACCACUGCCUAACACAGUCCAGUUUACUCUUCACUACUCGCAUAUUUUCUACAUGCCAUUGUCACUACAUUAGUCCUCCUGUAUGGUCAGGUUUUUUUAUUAGUUUUUUUUUUGUUUUUUAACAAACCCUAAGUCGCUUUGCCAGACACAUAACUAACC